GGGUUGAUAUUUGUUCCACAAAUUUGGUGCAAAAUGUAACCAUUUCUGACCACAGGAGAAUGAAUAAAAACGGCCAGAAAUCCCCAAAUUCCCAAAUACUACAGUAGGACAUCAAGAGCUGCAGGAACACCAUGAUUUCUAUGAAAACUCCUCCAGAGAGAUCAGGCAUCACCUUCGAGGUCGGAGCUCAGCUGGAGGCCCGAGACCGCCACAAGAACUGGUACACGGCCUCUAUAGAGAAAAUCGACUAUGACAAAGAACGAGUUCUGAUCCAUUACCGCCAGUGGAGCCGUCGCCAUGACGAGUGGUUUCCAUGGAGCUCGCCGUACCUGCGGCCGAUGGAGCGAAUCAGCUUGAGGCGGCAGGGCCUGAGGCAGCCCCGCCCACCACCGAUGUUUGGAUCAGGUUCGAGGGUCCUGGCCUGUUGGACAGACUGUCGCUUCUACCCAGCCAAAAUCCUCAGGGUCAACAAAGACGACUCCUACACAGUGCGUUUCUACGACGGCGUGGUUCAGACUGUGAAGCCCACAAAAGUCAAACCCUUCCAGGAAAAGGUGAGACCAGAUAAGAGUGUGGCGGGCAGCGAAGGCUGGGAGGAGGGCGAGAGUGAGGGCGAGAGCGAAGAGGAGGAGGAGGAGGAGGAGGAGGAGGAAGAGGAGGAGGGAAGAGAGAAAGAGGAGGAGGAGGAGGAAAAGAAGGAAGAGGCGGAGACAGUAAAGGAAGAGAAGGAGGAAGAGGAGGAUGAGGAGGAGAGGAAGAGGAAAGCUGAACCUUCAUCUUCAGAGCCGCCGGCCAAGAAGAGAGCAGACGAGGGCAGGAGCAGUGGAACUCAGCCAACCAUAAGUGACCCCGCCCAGUCUGCCCCUCCUAACUCCGCCCACUCAGACAGAGAUGUCAUGUUGGAGCGCCAGGCUCACCUGCCCACCACACACAAAUUCAGCAGGGAACCAUUGUACCGGGUGAUCAAGAACCAGCCUCCCCCCAUCCUGUCCAUCGAGUUGGACCACAACCCGUUCAAAUGCCCGGCGCCGGGCUGCACCAAGUCGUUCAGGAAGGCCAGCCUGCUGCACUACCACAUCAAGUACUACCACUCUGAGCAGCAGCUGGACGAGCCGGGCGGCGAGCCGGACGCAGCGCGGAGGAAGCGGUCGUCGUCCUCUGAGGGCCGGGACUUCCUGUCAGAGAGGAGGAAGGAGAACCAGAACAGCAACAACUGUCACCAUGACAACAGAGAGCACAGCACCAUGGGAGCAGAGGUGAAGAAGGAAGGCGGGAGGCAGAGAGACGCAGCGCAGGACCGGAAGGAGAGGAGGAACUUCCUGCGAGUCAAACUGAAGAAGAAAAAGAAGAAGAAGAAGAAGAAGAAAAGCCACUCAGCACACGACAGCAGCGACGACGAGAACUCAGACAGACCUCCCAUCACCCUGAAACUGUCUGCCAGACACUACAGCACACACACACACGCCCCGCCCCCUCCGGUCGACGAAGGCAGCGAUUGGUCGACGUUAACGGCCGAGAGCGAGGAGGACCCGUCCUUCUGGUCGGUCGCCAUGGAGACGGAGGAGUGCGAGGUGGUGAGGUGUGUGUGCGAGGUCGACGAGGAGAACGACUUCAUGAUACAGUGUGAGCUGUGUCUGUGUUGGCAGCAUGGCACCUGUAUGGGUUUGUAUGAGGACAACGUUCCACACAACUACAUCUGCUACUGCUGCCGAGACACUGCAGGCUGGAGGCGGGCUCAGCGGUACCUGCCAGAUCCUGAUUGGCUGACGUCCGGUCACAUGUUUGGCCUGUCGUGUGUGAGGGAGAACUACUCGGAGCUGAACGCCGCCAAGAUCUCACACACCAACCGGCUGCUCGCACACACACACGGCCUCAAUCAGGUCCUCAAAGGCCUGCAGCUCAAGAUCAGACUCCUACACUCGCCCUCCGACUCCGACCUGCAGCUGUGGCGGUUGUCAUGGAAACAGGAGGAGGAGCCAGCCGCCGCGGCCGAUCAGACGGGCGACGCCUCCGAGCGGACGGGCGGUUUCUCCCCGGCGUGUUACGUCAGCAGCGAGCACUGCUACCAGAAGCCCGGGGCAUCAUGGGAGAAACAGGAGGAGUGUGAAACGCCGGUCUGUGAGCAGGGUGCAAAGCCUGAAGACACCGACGCACACAAACACACAGACGCUCACACGCACACUGAGGCGCAGGCGCACACACACACGGAUGUGGCGGUGCAGCCGCGCACGGACACACACACACACACGCACACACACACGCCGGCGGCGUCGGUGCUGCAGUGUCAGCUGAACCUGCUGCAGCACAUCGAGUGUCUGCACAGCCAGAUCACCGCCAGGAUGGACCUGAUCGAGAGGGAGCUGGACGUUUUGGAGUCCUUUUUGGAUCACUCUGGUGAACUCGAGCCUCCUGAUCCUUUGUCCCGCCUGCCGCAGCUCAAACAGCGAGUCAAGCGGCUGCUGUGCGACCUGAGCACCGUGAGGCGCCUGUCCGUCUGCCGCUGACUCCGCCCCCCCCCCCGGUCCGUUUGACCCUGCGGUCCCUGGCGGCCAAUAGGGAGACACUGUGGCAGCGGGACUGACAUGCCGCCACGUGGAAGACGCUUGUUCUCACAGCGAGGCGUCGUAACGAACGCUUUGGUUUGCAUCAACAGCGGCUUCCACGCGACCAAGGACAGCGCCCCCCUCUGGUGGAACAUAUAUGCACUGAAAUAUAUACGAGGAGGAGAGGCGCAGACGGUGACUCGUGCUCCGGAUGUUGUGAUAAAUUGAACCCAGCGACUUAAACGUUCCCAGAAGUGCAGCGGGAACACGGACUGACUGAGUUCACGGUGCGUUCAGGGUCCGUUCACCAUCAGUUCAUCUGGAUGUGAUCUCAGGUUGAUCAGCCGCCUUCACAAACACGGAGGCUCCUUGGCUUGCUAGUUAACAUUACCAGCUGAACUGUUAGCAUAUUACCAGAGAUAGGCUAUGUAUUGACAUAUUCUACAUACAAGAAAAUGUGGGUCCACCUCCAGGGGGCGCCAUAGAGGCUAAAACUGGGCUAAGCAGAGUCAAAUGAACAGCGGUCAGUGGGACUUUUCCAGAAAAUCAGCUCUCUGAGUGAUAAUAAUGUUUUUCCAGCGCAGAUUCUGUCUGCAUUAGAAAUAUUGGGGCCGUGGAACAAUGACAGGAACAGUCCAGUUACUGAUCAAUAACUGGAAUCAAAUGUGCUGAUCAUUUCAUAGCAUUUAGCCCCACUGACCACCAGAUAUUCUACUCUGUUUAACCAGUGCUCAGUGCUGCCCCCCUGUGGACAAAACACUGAACUGCACUGUUUUUCAGUGAACGUGAUUCAGUUUUCUCUCUUUAGGCGUUAAUAUCACACUCAUGGAAGCACUGCUUAUACUGAAAUGUGCUUUAUCAUAACACACCUGGCUGUUUACUUAUCAUCAUCAUCAUCAUCAUCACCGUCAUCAUAUUGUUUAGCUCUGUACAAACAUGCAUGGCUGCUGUGCAAACUAACAGUUGAACACGGAUUCAUGUUUUCCUGUCAUGUGAUGUCAUCAAGAUUCAUUUGCAUACAGGAGGAGGAUUUUACGACAGCGUAGUGUGCCGCUGUAGGGGGGAAAGUGACAGACUCAUGAGAGGGGGGGUGAUAUCCCAAGAAAAAAAAGAACAAUUUCCGCGAUUAAAGUCACAAUUUUACGAGGAAAAAAACUCACAAAUUUAUGAGAGAAAAACUCAUUUAUCUGAAAUGAUAAAGUCACAAAUUGUGAGAAAAAAACCCCUCAGAAAAAUAGUUUUUCUUUUACUUUUUUAUUAAGAUGUCAAUCAGUCAAUAUUCACAAUUAUGCUUUAGUUAAUUCAGUAUUUCUUAAUAAAGCCGGGACUUGAAUAGUUGAAGUUUUUGUACAGGUCCGUCUGAAGCCUGGACUGUCUGAGUCUGGGCUGCAGACGGAGUUCAGCUCGCCGCGUUCGCCAUGUCUCCUUCAUAUCUGCUCUCAACGAAAAAACUCUUAGCUUUGUAAUCCUGACUUUCUAGAUUUAUAUCAACAAUCAUCACUUUUUCUACACUGUACAUAGCUCUUACUGACUUCAGCUGAAAUUCCUGUACAGCUUUUCUUUUUUUUUUUUUUAAAUUUAUAAGAUUAUUUUUAUGAGAUUUGAUCUUUCUUGAACAUGAAGAGUGACAGAAAAGAGUCGGACUCAUGAUGUCAUCAGCCGGCUGAGUCACCGGCGUGCCCUGACCCUCUGUGGCGCUCUAAGAGACGUGUCAGCUGUUUCCCGCUCUGCUACCUGAACAGCAUCGUUCAUUUCAAAUCCGAGCGGCUCUGAAGCUGCGUUACAUUGCGAUGCAACUGCUGCAUCCAUUAGAAUAAUCACACGGGCUGUGGUAAUGUUCACCUAAACUGAAGGACUGCUGUCUGUCUGUUGUUUUUUUGUCUUUUUUGUGAUCACAUUUCUUAGUGAAUCACAGCUACAGUGAUAACUGUUACAGAAUUGAAUCAGUAAUUAUUCCUAAUCAAUCCAAAGCACAACUGAACUUCUUGUUGAGAGUUUGGUGUGACGAGCGAGUCCACAUGGCGUUGAAAUAUCAAAACUGCUCCCAAAAUAACUUUUAGCACCUAAACCAACACCUACAGAGGAUUAUUACAAAAUUAAAAAAAACAAAUCCCAAUAUACACACAGAGUUAUUUGUGACAGAACUAUCAGGUCAUUUCUCCCCGGUGCAAGGAUACUAUGCAGAAGUCUCCUGCAGACGCUACUUGCCGGAUCUACUUACCAAUUGAAACAACAAAAUUACAAGAAAAGACACGUUUAAUUUCCUAGAAAAAAAAGGGAACCAUGAUUUGUUCAUCGAGUGGGAGUGUUUUUCUGUGGAAGUGAAUGGACAGAUACAAAUCCAGUGUUGUGGAUCAGCAGCCCAGGGGAGCAGCUGUGGAAGAGGUUUCACCACCGUGUGGACUCGGGUCACACCCAGGGAACUAGACAACACACACACACACACACACACACACACACUCACACACUCACACACACACACACACACACACUCACACACAAACACUACUACAGCAGAGGUCAGCUCUGCUUUGAUGUACUGCACAGCCAGCAGUGAGAAAGACACCAAAUAUAACCUUCUAAUAUUACAGGCAGUUAUAUAUAAAUUAUGCACAAGACAACUAAUUUCAUUCCAUUUGGUUUUGUGGUGCUGCCAAGAACAAUAACACAAUACAUUAUGAUCUCUUCAUCAGAGCGUUAGAACGGGCAGAUACAGAGUAUAUACAUGGAAUUUUGCAAAGUAUAUAAAACAUGUUUUUAACCUUGAUGUUUUCCAGGGGAAAUUUGAGGGGAAAGUCCGAGUUCAAGGGGUUAAUAAACUGUUUUCAUUUAGUUAAAGAGACAUUACAGAAAAUACUGGCAACAACGGCAAACUCACAACGUCAGAGUGUCUCUUCAGUGUUCUCUGUGUUUGUUCUCAUGUAAGAAAACUGUAAAUAGCUGUAGAUUUGAUAUUUUUGUAGAAAAGUUUGAUUAUCAAUGUGCUUGACUAUUACAAUAACUAUGAUGUGUUUUAGGAUCAUACAGGCGGAUUGCAGUGCUUGUGAUUUUCACCGGUGAGGGAUAAUUGAGCGUCUUUUGACUUGUUUUGUUGUCAAGGAAAACGUCAGUAAUGCUGUUUCACUUUUGAAGCUGAGCUGAAAUGACACGGACUCCUUUAUUUUAAGAAAAUCAGCUGUAUGAAAGCUUCUUUUUUCUGCUGUAUUUUUAGACAUACCAGGUUCCUCUGUGCAGCAUCAUUUUCAUGCCGCAUGAGGACGAAAUCGCAGCAAAUUGCAUAAUCCUUCACAGUAAUCAUGGAAAAACUUUCUGAUUCUGUAUUUUUAAGCUUGUAAUAAUCAGCAUUUUCUCUUUAUACGAUGAGUUCUGCUUUAUUUUGUAGCUCGGCCUCAGAGUAAAACCAUUCAUGGGUGCUUUUUGUACAAAACUGCUCUGCUCCUGAUAUUUUUUUUUUUUUUUUGGCACCAAAAACAUGACUGUGUUUGGAUUAUGCAACUUUGCAUAAUACAGGAAUGGAGCCAGGAAAGAGUUUGUAAUGAGUCAGGAGGAAAGUUAAUGAGAUUGUUUUGUCAGGAUGUGUUUGUCUCUAAAAGAAGACGGUCAGCGUCGGUGAGGACUGUUCAUGUCUGAUCGGUCUGUCGGGGCCAGAAAUUGUUUUAAUUUGAAGGUUAUCUGUUGGACUGUUACAUCUGGUUUGGAGUUUAAUACACAUGAUGAAUGUUUAU